AUGCUACAAUGUGGUCGGUUCAUGAGGCAACCUCUCAGGUUUAGCCUCCAACCAUUUCUGCGACGAACCUUGCAUACCGGCGUGUCACCCGUCCUGUUGACCCGCGCACGAUUACUCGCCGCGGAACAUGCAAAGCUGUCGAGUCGUCUAGCCGACUCCUUUGAUGCCAAAAUCGCUAAAAGGGCCGGGGAGUUGGCUCCGUCUGCAGCUAUCCUGAAAGAAUGGGACAAUGCCAAUGAGUCCAUUUCCGAAUUAAAAGCCCUCCUCGAAGACCCCGAAACCGACGCAGAACUACACACCCUCGCAACAGAAGACCUCGAAACAAGCCGCGAAGCCCUCCCUUCACUAUCAGACCGAUUAAAAAAGUCCCUGAUCCCCCGCCACCCCUUCGCAGACCUACCAUGUCUAGUGGAAAUCCGGCCUGGCGCAGGAGGAGACGAAGCCGGCCUCUUCGCCUACGAGAUGAUGCGCAUGUACAUGACACUCUGCAGUCGCAAAGGCCUCCGACCAACGAUCCUAAAACAAGACGUCGAAGAUGGCCCCUCUGAGGACAGACUACUUGAAGCCGUGAUCGAGGUUGAAGCGGACGGCGCAUACGACAUUCUCCGAACAGAGUCCGGAGUCCACCGCGUGCAGCGCGUUCCGGCAACCGAAACGAAAGGGCGCACGCACACUAGCGCAGUGAGCGUGAUGGUUUUGCCCAGUUUUCCCGAAAGUGGAAGUGCAUCGGACAAUGCGUUGAACUUCGAUGAUCCGACUAGCGAUUACUAUAUCGAUCCGCAGGAAGUGCGCGUUGAGAAAAUGAGGGCUGGCGGUGCUGGUGGUCAACACGUUAAUAAAACCGAGUCCGCUAUUCGAUUGACUCAUAUUCCGACGAAUACGGUGGUUUCUAUGCAAGAUGAACGAUCUCAGCAUGCCAAUCGUCGGACGGCUUGGCAGAUGCUUCGCGCGAAGAUUGCAGAAGCGCGUCAGGAAGCUCGUGAACAGGAACUUGUUCAGCUUCGUCGUGGUGCCAUGGGCGGCGUUGCGAAAAUGGGUCGGGAGAUAAGAUUCAGUCGUUGCACUGAUCAUCGAAGUGGUAUAACACUUCAUAAUCUGGACGAUGUGCUUGCCGGAGGUGAUGGACUGGAAUCAGUCAUGGAGAGCGUUCGCACUUGGAUCUCGGAUCGUGAGGUCGAGGCUAUGGUUGCGGAAGAAUUGGCCAAGGCAGAAGAACAAGAGAAGAAAGAGAAGAAAGAAAAAGGGCAAAAUAAGAAGUAA